AAGCGGAAAGCUGUAGUUGUAGGGAGCUUUGUUGGUGUCAUGGAUUAGUAGUUUAUCUUUAAAAUUAACUUUUUUUUUUUUGAGUUUUCAGAAAGACAAAGUUCGCCACAUGUUAGGAGCUUGAGGCUCUGACCAUAACGAGGCCCCUUCUUACACCCACUUAACCGAGUUCCACUCGAUCCUUUUCGUUGUGCAUGGUUUUAGUUCUGUUCGUAGGGUGACUCCCAGCACCAGACGACCUUCCCUCUGCGACUCCAGACACCUCCCCCGUUUGGUUUCUGUCCCGGCGGGGAGCCCACCCCGCCGCGUGUGACUAGGAAUGAAGCUAGACAGCGCCGAAGAGAAGGGGGUCGGCCGCUCCCUGCCUGCCGAGGGGUCUCCCCCCACUCUCGAACAAGCCUUCUCCAAGAUUCUGCAGGGUCUCGGCCGCCAAGAGUCAUCAGGACAAGGCAACGCAAGAAAUGCCGCUCUUAAAGACCUCGGUGCUUUAAUGGAAGCCGCCGAAUGUGACAAAUUAUUUGAGGGGAGUGGCAGUGGUGGAUCCCUCCGAGGGAUGCCCGAGAUCCUGGGACAGGUGGUGAAAGCGCUGGAGAAGUUCGCAGCACCCAAGGAGAGGGCGGACGGAGGCGAAGAGCAUCCCGAAGUACCUGAGAAGGCAACUGAAGUUGGUUCACUAUUUCUAAAGCUGUUGGGCAAGGUUGAAACUGCUCAGAGUUCUCCCGACUGCCCUCCAUGGAAGACAGGCCUCCGACACUUGUCAGGACCCAUGUAUAUUUUUGCCAUCACACACAGAUCGAAGCAGCCAUGGACCAGUCCAAAAUCUCAGCAUGUGGCUGGCGAGGUGCUGUCUUUACUGUUUCGAGUUACUGAGUGUAGUUCUGUGGCAGGAUUCCUCUGCGGAGAAAAUGAAGAUGAUCCAGGGAGAUUUGCUGUGGUCUUGGGGCUUCUUAAGCCCCAUUUGAAUAAGGAAACCUGGAAGAAGAAUCCUGCUGUCAAACACGUUUUCUCAUGGACUCUCCAACAAGUCACUCAGCCCUGGCUGAGCCAGCAUCUAGAAAAGAUACUUCCCCCAUCUCUGCUCAUCUCAGACGACUAUCAAACUGAGAAUAAAAUCCUGGGUGUCCAGUGCCUCCACCACAUUGUGGUUAAUGUGCCAGCUGCUGAUUUGCUGCAGUACAACAGAGCCCAGGUUCUGUACCACGCCCUUUUCAAUCACCUGUACAUGCCAGAGCACAACCUCAUUCAGGCUGUGCUCCUGUGCUUCUUAGAUUUAUUCCCUGUCCUAGAGAAGGCUCUGCACUGGAAGGGAGAUACAGCUCGAGCCACUACACACUGUCAUGAGGUGCUACAACUGAUCCUCACCCACAUGGAACCAGAGCAUCGCCUUCUCCUACGAAGGACGUAUGCUAGAAACCUGCCAGCUUUUGUGAAGAGGUUGGGGAUCCUAACUGUUCGGCACUUGAAGAGGCUGGAGCAAGUUAUCCUUGGUUAUCUGGAGGUUUACGAUGAACCAGAAGAUGAAACUAGGUUGAAGAUACUGGAAACCCUGAAACUUGUCAUGCAGUAUACUUGGCCCAGAAUUUCCUGCAGAGUUGUGGUCUUACUGAAGGCUCUCCUGAAACUGAUAUGUGACGUAGCAAGGGAUAAGAUCCCCACAACUGAGGCAGCUAAGAGUGCAGUGCUCCAGGAAGCCACAGACUGCCUGAUUCUCCUGGACCACUGUUCUCAGGGGCAGGUGAAGGGUCUUCUGGCUAAAAUUGCUCUAUCCUGUAAAGACCACACGGUGGUGAGCUGCAUCAGGAAGGUACAGCAGGGCUCUGCAGAUGCUCCUGGCAAUGACAUGGAAGGGCCUUGUCGAAGGCAUGGAUGGGGAAGUUGUAGAUGUCGCCAUACUGAAGAACAAACACAGACCACCUUUAUGUAAGCUUGAGUAUCACCUUUUUCCAAGUUCCUCUGCUCUACAACCAUAUUAUUUAUCAACAGUGAUGAAGUAUACUUUUAUAGUUUU